GUAAAUGUCAUAAUGAGCAUAGUUAUGAUUUGAUAGCAAAUGAACGCUCCGAACGAGUAUUUCAUAAAGGGAAAGGAAAAAAUUGGAGUGAUAAAUUUACAGUGUCACCAAUUUUCUUUAACGUCGAUGUGAGUUUCCCGAGAGGAUUUGAAGCGCCAAAGUGUACACACAUGAUUCCAUCAUCGCCGGAUUUUUAUGAAUAAGAAAAACGAAGAAAAUAAACAAUUCAGUGAAGGAAGCAUUCGCGGCCGGCUUGCGAUAGUUACUGCGCGACUCAGCGGAAAGUGAGGGAGUAUCUUGCUUCUAUGUAUGCGGUUGGUACAGAGAAAAACCAAAACGAGGAGUCAGCCCGACUGAGUCGGCAGUGAGAGCAGUGUACUACUCAAGAUUAAGUGGAAAACUGCUGUGGCGGCGUGCGGUUAACGAAGAAAAUGGUGCUUAUGGCACUUACCGCGGGUUUAUUUCUGUCCCUUUGACGCAUAACAAACACUGAAGUGAAGCUCGAGUGAGAACAAGAAUGUUAUGACCAGCAUGCGACACCGGGCGAUUAGCGGCGUAAAUCGAUUAGUAAACAGUGCUCGACAGCAGCGCGUGGGCCAUCGGCUGAUAAACUGAUGGAGAUUAAUGCGAUGUUACAAUUGAUUAGCAGUGGGGUUUAAGCUUUGGAACGAAAUUCGGUGUUACGGAGAAAGUAUGAAAACUGCAAAACGCAAGUGGAGACAAUUCUAUAAAUCAAUUCCAGUGGAUGGUAGUGGAAGAACGUAUAUGAAAGAAGUGUAAUUAAUUUCGAGAAAAAGCUGAUAAUCGUCAUAAAAGAAAUUAAUUAAUACGCCAACGCUCUAGUGAAGAUCCGUGGUGGCAAGACAUCAAAUGAUGGAUAAAUUAAAUGUGUGUUGGUUGUUGGCCGUUAUAUUUUUUACAUCUUUCACAGCUAUCGCUGCGGUUAAGGUAUCAUUUUACGGUGCCAGCCAUAUAGCGAUGCCCCUACAGGAAGCCAAAAUUUCUACAAACAUUCGGCUGCGGUUUCGCUCCCGCCUAGACAAUGCACUGAUUCUACUGACGGCCGGCCGUACGGAUUACUCGCUGCUCACUAUUGAUGGAGGAAGGAUCCGGUUCAGUUUUAAAAUUGAUGAGUACCAUACCGAUUUGUGGUCACCGGUAACACUCAAGUUCAACGACCUGCAGUGGCACGAUAUCUCGAUUUCUCGGUAUGCCGCCAAUUUGACCAUGCAAAUCGACGAAUAUUUUGCAACUAAAACUUUGCCAGAUAACGUGACCGAAUUGAAUGUCCAUUUUGGUGUUUUCAUCGGAGGAGUGGGAGAAUAUUCUGCUGCGUAUCUCGGCACGUUGGAAAACUUCAGAGGAUGUAUUGCUGAUAUAUUUUACAACAAUAUUAACAUUUUCAAACGAGCAAGAGAGCGCACCGGUCACGUGACAAACGAACGAGUGUCUUGGAUCUGUGCACCGGAGUUCGAUGCCGAUGCGAGUACACCGAUAAGUUUUUUGGACGACGAAAGUUACGUAAUUCUACAGAAACCGACCUCACGGUCAGGGGACCGCUGGAGUAUGGAGUUUCGAACGAACGAACCCUUUGGGAUGCUACUGAGCAACAUCCCCACCAGCGCUAGGUACGAUUUUAUGGCGCUGGAAAUCGUGGAAAGCCAAGUGCGCCUGUUGGUAGGUAAAGGAUCAAAUGCGGUUGAAUUGAUUCCGGAUCGAAACGUUUCCGAUGGAAAGUGGCACAACGUGUCGGUGACGUAUAGUCCAAUGUUGGUAGAUAUUACAGUGGAUGAUGUGACAAACAGUGCUACGUUUGCUAAUGGAAGCAGUCAAAUGAUUGAGUUGGAAGAGGAGUUUUACAUCGGUGGUUUUGAUUAUCAAAAAAAGCGAAAAGCCUUCAUGAAGGGAGCCCGAUCAACGGACUCCAACCUGAAAGGUUGUAUUAAGGAUAUAGUUUUGGAUGACCAUUUGGUGGGGUUUCCUAAUUUCAAAGUUACUCACGGAGUUACAGUCGAUUGUGUGUGGAGAUAUCCGUGUUUAGAGAAAAAACCCUGCAUUCCGUCCGGCCAUUGCCAUCAUCAAGGCAUCAAUGAUUUUAUCUGCUAUUGUGAUCAAGCAUACUGCAUAAAAGCUGACUAUUCCGAAAGUUUCAAGAUAUUUUCCCGUUCGGAUUUGGUGAUCGAAAAAGAGCUGAUGAUGAUUAGCCCAAUGGAAGUCAUGGAAGGAGGAAUUGUGUUUCUAUCGCCGAAAUUCAUUUCGGUUCUUUUCGAUUACUCUAAGAUGGGUGUUCCGGAAGCCGGCAUUAUAUUUCACAUCAUUCAACCACCUAAACAUGGAAAAGUCACGAUCCAUUCCUAUGGAGCGGAAGGUAACGCAUCGGCGACUCAAAUGAAGUUCUUUUCACACAUCGACCUUUCGACGGAUAAGGUCAAAUACUCUCACAACGGGGCGGAGAACUCGAACGAUCAUAUGAUGAUCGACAUGCAAUUGGUUUCAGCAACACGAAACUCGUUGCCCUCAUACCUUGGAGGGAAGCAUAGAUUUGUGCUGCACAUUAAUGUUACAGCGGUCAAUGAUCCUCCAGUUUUGAAACUGCCAACGAAUAAGUUACUUCGGGUUACUCAAGGUAUUCCGAAAGUUAUUGGUUCCGAUUUUCUUCAGGCUGAUGACCCCGACAGUCCGCCGGAUUCGCUGAUUUACACCAUUCUUAUGAGUCCAAAUUCAGAAGCUCAACAAGGUCGCGUUGAGCUGAAUGGUAGAGCAGUUGCAACAUUUUCUCAAUCGGAUGUGAACGAAGGCCUUGUUACCUACCUAAUCAAUACCAAGGGAUCGGAAGAUACUUCAUUUGAUUUGAACGUUCAGGUAUCCGAUGGAAUAGAAACUAGUCCGGCAAGCUCCAUUCGAGUGUCCGUCUUACCAUUGCAACUGCGAAUGAUCAAUAAUACGGGAUUGGUGUUGAUUCAUAAGUCGUCGGCAUUGAUCACACCUCAAAAUUUGUCCUUUGUUCCUAACUCAGAUGAGGAAAUCGUAGAUAUGAGAUACGAUAUAGUUCAAGCCCCUGUUUUUGGUAGUUUGCAAAAAUUACGAUCUGUGGAUUCGUCCUGGAUUUCGGUUGAUUCAUUUAGCAGUAAUCAACUUGUGCUCGGUCAAAUAAGAUAUCUGCAUUCUUCCGACUUACCACAACACGAUGAGUUCAAGUUCACAGCUACACUUGGUCCGGUAACGACAUCAACGUAUGAUUUUCGGAUCUCAUUCACCAAGCUGCGCAUUGGUGUGAUCCGACAAAACGACAUGUACAUUAACACUAAGGAUAACACGAUCCGAGCAGAUUACUUAUUCCACCAGACGACUCCGAUAACGACAUUUGCCCGGAAUAUUAUUUACACUGUGGUCAAGCCACCGAAAUUCGGUAUCAUCUACGUAGAAGGCCAUCCAGAGUAUGCCAAAACGGGCGAUUCGUUCACUCAACAGGAAGUCGAGAAAAGCUUGAUCAAGUAUAGGACAUAUCAGACAUCCUAUGGUAACUUUAUCGAUUCGUUCGAGUUUACCGUAUCGGUACCGGAGUGCGAUGACGUUCAAGGUAAAAUAGACUUUAUCUACAGUGCACCGGAUUAUUUGGCCAAACAAAUCCUCUAUCAGAAGCGAGAGAAGAUGUACGUACACGAGGGUAACAAAACAGCACUGUCACGAAUAAAUUUUGAAGUUUUAUUUAACAAGUUCAACUUCCUAACAUUCAACCUGACUCAUUUUCCGAAACACGGAGCGCUGUGUAAGGUGAAUCCACGGACGUUCGAGUCGAAAGAAGUCUCGUCAUUCACGCUCCAGUAUCUCUACCUGGGGGAUAUUCAUUACUGUCACGAUGAUUCAGAAUCCGUUGAGGACAGUUUUCGCCUACUCAUCCUGUCGGACAACGAAACGGAUUUUCAGUUUGUGUGUGAAAUUCAAGUGGAAAUUACCUUGUUGAAUGACAACGGACCGUACCGGGUGUUCAACAAAGCGUUUCACAUCGUAAGAGACGAAACCAGACUGUUGACUUCAAUUGAUCUGAAAUACGCUGAUCCGGAUGUUGAAACUCGUAGUACGGAUAUUGAGUAUAGAUCGGUAACCUGCAGUAAUGGAGAUCUGUUCAAAAAUGGCAAAUUGGUGGAAUUGUUCACGCAGGAUGAUUUGGACGGAAGGAGAUUGCUGUUUCAGCACAAUGGAACAGAUCAAGGAAAACUAUCUUUCAUUGUUACCGAUGGAUUGUAUGAAGUUCCCGGAUCAUUAGAAAUCGAAGCAUCCGAUCCUUUCCUGAAGAUUCGCGAAAGUAACGCUUCGAUAGUUCAGGAAGGUCGAGCAGUGCUUCUAACAUUGGAUAAUUUGAGUGUAGAUACGAAUCUGAAUGCGAAACCGAAUGAGAUUGAGUAUAGAAUACUACACGAACCUAGUAAUGGAUUGAUAAAAUUGUUUCGAUCCCGAUUCAAUGCUACUAACAUGCACAACGUGAGCGAUGCUGCUACCGCCAUGAAUUUCACACAGGCAGACAUUGUAGAAGAGCGAUUGAUGUAUUGGAACCGGGAAGUUGCCUCCAUGGAUAAAAUCAAGUAUCGUGUCAGUACAAAAGGAGUCUGGGCAGAAGGGGAAAUCAUGAUACGAAUUUAUCCUCCAGCUUAUUGGGAACCUUUAAGAAUUCGGAGAAAUCAAACGUUGUUCGUAGAGGAAUCUACAAGCGUGAUCAUAUCCCGAGAUAUAUUGGAGAUUGUUCAUCCAAACAUUUCGCCUGGUGACAUCACUUACCUUGUUACCACUCAACCGCAACAUGGCUACUUGGAAAUACAAUCGAUCACAUCCGAUGAUGAGUACAACUCGAAAGUGUUUGAUCAAUCCACGAUCAACUCCGAAAAGAUGUUUUACAUACAGGCAGGAGUGAACCAAUCAUCUGAUUACUUUACAUUUGACGUGACGAAUGGAAUUACAUGGUUACGGGAUUUAGUUAUGAGGAUAGUGAUUAUUCCUGAGCAUUUGUAUAUCAGAGCGAGUGUCAUAAUCGUGGAAGAAGGGAAGAGCGCAAAAAUUCAUCCCAGUGAUAUGACGACUUACUCCGAGUACUACAAUGGUAAAAUUCUAGAGUAUAAAAUCUUGACUCAUCCAUCCCACGGCAGUAUCAGAUCUGGAAAGUCCUCCAAAGUGAAUCGUUUCACGCAGAAGCAGCUGGAAGCGGGUGUUAUUACCUACGUGCACAAUGGUAGCGAAAAUUCUUCGGACACGAUCCAGUUGGUAGCCUUGGGAAGAAAUAAGGAGAGUGUCCCCUUUAACCUGAACAUUCAGAUUCUACCAAUUAACGACGAGGUCCCGCAGCUGGUUACAAACACCGGAAUGCACAUGUGGAUAGGAGGAAAAUCCAUGAUACAGAGCACGGAUCUUAUGGUACAAGAUUACGAUACGCCACCGGAGAAUCUCACUUUCCAUGUGCAACAGAUGUCCGGGGGAUACGUCGCUCUGAAGGACAACUAUAGUAAAAAGAUCCACUCAUUCACUCAACAGGACAUCAACCAGAAUCUGGUGUACUUCAUCCACGACAGUAGCAAUCAGAAUGGAAGGAUCGUGUUCUACGUAAGUGACGGCCUUCACAACACCUCGGAACAAGUUCUACACAUAGUGACGAAUCCGGUUGCACUAGAGCAAAUCAAAAAUGAAGUUCUACAUGUGUUUCCACUGACCAGAAAACAGAUUCUACCGGAUCAGUUGUAUUAUAAGUGUUCGGACGAUGAUCGGGAUGUUAAAUAUAUAGUAACUAUUCCACCGCAAAUGGGAAGGUUGCUGUUCGAACAACUGGAAUAUGGCUACACCAACGAGAUAAGUGAAUUCACACAACACGACGUUGAAAACGGACGGAUUUUCUACGAACACACCCAUGCCAUGGUGGAACUGAAAACCAACGAUUCAUUCUACUUUGAUGUUACUGCGCCACUUUCGAACAGUUUAAUUGAUCAGAUAUUCAACGUAGAUGUAUCCGUUUCAUCGGGUGGAUUGUUGCGGUUCUUACCAGUUCCUAGGAUCAACAUAGACGAAGGUGACUUUGCUCCGAUUAAACUUGAUCUUUCCAAGAUCCUUGAGUACUUGGAAACUCGAGCCGGAAUUCAAAAUCCCGAACUGUACAUUGAAGUGUACCCUCCGGCUCACGGAACGGUGGAGCUAGAUGAUUCCAUUCCAGAUGUGAAUCGAUUCUCCUUGAAUGAUUUCUAUACGAACAAGGUGAUUUAUAAACACGAUCACUCUGAUACAGUCGAAGAUAAAGUUGCUUUGGCAGUGUACCUCGUUCCCGGGCAUCUGUUUCUAUGCAAUAUCACCAUUCCGGUAACGAUUAAUCCGGUGAACGAUCAACCGUUUCAGUUGGUGACAGCCUCGCCGCAUAUUUCCGUGAUUGAAGGUGAAAAUCAAACUAUAACUUCCUCACAUCUAUUGACCGAGGAUGUCGAUACCGGUCCUAAGGAUAUAAUCUACGAUGUUAUAAGUGGACCGAAUUUAGGUGUGCUACUGAAGAUUUCUGAUGAAGGCUACCCACAGGACAUCAUUACCUAUGGCAACCAAUUCUCGCAAGCAGAUAUCAAUGAGAAUCGCAUUAUUUAUACUCAUUCGGGAAAUCCUCAAUCGACAACCUUCUAUUUCAAAGUAUCGGAUGGAAAGUUCAAACCGGCCUACGAAAUAUUUAAUAUAAAAAUACUACCAAUCACGAUUCUACCUGGCUUCAAUAAUCAACCGAUCAUAGUUCAACAAGGAACAAAUCUAGGAGUUUUGGAACCAAAACACAUAGCGGUUGACACUAACGUGCAAAAAUCCCGGAUCGUGUAUAAUGUCACCAAAAAUCCUUUGGGGGGAAUUAUCAUCACCAACAACAAGCCAGUAGUGAAAUUCACCCAACGACAAUUGGAGGAAGGGAAAAUUAGUUACAUGCAAACAGAUAUGACCCGGUCGAAUGAUACGUUUCAGAUGGAUGCGUUCAUACCGGAUACUACGUCAGCUUGUUUAGUGGAAGUAAACAUGGUAGUUCAGCCAUUCAUCAUUAUAAAUCCCAUAACCAUUACUCCUGGUGAACGGAUCAGACUGAGUUCAACUUUUAUUUUUGACAACCCAGCUCAACUAAAACUGAACCGAUACAAUCCGAAAAUUACGAUUACACGACGGCCGAAAUAUGGUCGUUUGAGAAAGAUUGUCAGGAGCACCGGACUGGAUUACAUAGAGCAACCAAGAGAUCAGGACAUCAGCACGUUUACCUAUAAGGAAUUAAAAAGCGGGGUCAUUUAUUACGUGGCUAGAAAAUUCAACCAGGACUUUCAAUCAAUUAACGAUAAUUUUGAAUAUCUACUAGCAACCAAAACAGCUCAACCAGGACAAGGAACAGUUCCGAUCGAAAUUUAUUCUCCGUCCCGUAACUCUCUCGAUAGCAAUGACGUCGACAUCGUCACCGCCGAGAGUAGUCUACCGUAUGAUUACUUAAUCGCAGCAUCGAUUGCAGCAGCCAUUAUCGUCAUUCUACUUAUGAUAAUUAUUUUACUGAAAUGUCGUUCGAAUAGUUCUCAGAAAGAUCACCCAGACAAGGAUCAUCCUCCGUCCCUUCCGCGACCACCGGACUUUAUGACCUUAAACAAUCGGAUGUAUACUCCAUCCGAAAACGAGUCCCUCCCAGUCACCAACGCCUCAACCCCGCUUCCUAUCAUCAGCAGCAUCCCCCACUGUAAAGUGAUCCCCAUUGGUCUGGACAAUACGCUCCAGUUGGAUUCUGAUCCCGAUGAUGAUAUGAUGGAUAUCCAUGGUGAGCUGAUGCAUAGUCCUAAUAAUUUCAACUACCCGUACGGGGACGAGGGUGACGAGUGGAGUUCAUCAUGUGACGCUGGUGUAGAAGUCAACUAUUCCACUAUUGCACAGCAGCAGCACGCACAACAGCAACAGCAACUACUGCCGCAGCAACAGCAUGCAUUACAGUCACCACAAGGGCAACAGAAAGCGAAUCCACUGCUUCGAAGGAAUCAGUACUGGGUGUAAACCAAAGCAAAUCUGAUCUGGUUGUACAGAACUGAGUGAAUUAUUUGACUAUACUGAAUUAAAGUUUGUAAUUUAACGUUUUCAGAAACCAUCGGUUUGCUUUAGUUUGAUAUCGAUAUACAAUAAAAAAAUUCGAAUUGCUAUGCAAUUAAUGCCAAAAGAUGAGAAUUAAAAGUUUUGGAAUACUUAUGAAUAACUAGUUAGUACCACGAAUGUAUAGACGAAUGACUGCGAAAAUAAAUACUGAUA